AUGGCACAAGCCAUCACUAUGCAGGCUCAUGCCAUGACUGCCCAGGUCAACCAGCAGAAUGUUGACAGGGAGAACCCACCAGAGCAUAGCAUGACUGACAGGCCGAGAGACUUCACGAGGAUGUAUCCUCAUAUUUUCACAGGAUCUAAGAAUUCAGAGGAUCCCCAUGAUUUUUUGGAUGAGGUGCAUAAGAUUUUAGUGGCUAUGGGGGCCAGAGAUACUAAGAAAGCAGAGUUGGCUUCCUACCAACUCAAGAAUGUUUCACAGAUUUGGUGCAAUAUGUGGCAAGAUAGCCGAACUUUGGGUGGAGUCCCGGUCAUUUGGGAGUUGUUUAAGACAGUCUUCCUGGAGAGAUUUUUCCCCAGGGAGAUUAGGGAGGCCAAGGUUGAGGAGUUUAUCAACGUUAAACAGGGAUCGAUGACAGUCAAGGAGUAUUCCCUGAAGUUUGUGAAAUUAUCCAUGAUUGCUGAGGAUCUCAAGGAGGAGUGUAGGGCAGCUAUGCUGCAUGAAAACAUGGAACUUUCCGAGCUUAUGAUCUAUGUCCAGCAUGUGGAGGAAAGCAGAAAGAGAAAACACACUAGGGCAAGGAACAGGUCAAGGCAAGCCGAGGAGAAUUUUAUAAGGAAGAGUAGUACUGAAAUCAGGGAUAAGCCCAGGUUUAAGCAUGGAAUCUUCCACCAAGGGGAGUCAAUUUCAUCCAAGGGUCGCCAUGAUAGGAAUUUCGAGUCCAGAGUUAAGAGAAACAAUGAAGUAGAUACAUAUCAGGAGAGACCACCAUGCGGGAAGUGUGGUAAACUACAUGGAGGAGAGUGUAUGAUGGGUACUAAUGCUUGUUAUAGUUGUGGCAAACCGGGUUACAAGGUGAAGGAUUGUACGAUUAAAAGAAAUCAAGAACAAGGGGCGGAGAGAUUCAAUCUAAUUGUCCAAGUGAAGAGGCUCCAAGGACGCAAUGAUUCUUCGCACUCAAGUCUAGUGUUGCAGAUGAAGGCACCUAUGGUGAAGUCUCGGGUGAGUAGCCUUAAUUAG